AAAAAAAAACAACAACAAACGAAAUAGAAAGCGAAUGAAUGUUCUGGAACAAACAAGAAACAACCGUAUUACAGUUAAAACAUUUAUUUCUGUGGUUAACACUUCACACUUAGCUAUCAAAAACAUUUGGUAAAUAAUGUCAGAAGAUUUAACUAAAGCCUCUUUGUCUUCCAUCAUCGGAAAUAUGACGUUAGCUCACGAAAUGAUAAUGAAUGACAACUUUGAGUUACAAUCACUCCCUGAAAAAAGUUUCGAAAAACAAGUUCAUGAUAUCAUGCACAAAGCCUUUUGGGAUUUACUCGAAAGUGAAAUAAAAGAAAAUCCACCAAAGUACACACAUGCUUUAAGUUUAAUGGGAGAAAUGAAAAAGUUACUCCUGGACUUAUUGCAUGCUAAUCAUAAAAGUCUUCGUGAGCAAGUUGAAGACACACUAGAUGAAGCACUUAUCAAAAAACAAGUGGACAACAACAGUUUUGAUAUGCAUGCAUGUGCCAACUUUAUAUUGGAUACGUUAUCGAAGUUGUGUGCUCCCGUUCGUGAUCAAAAUAUAAAAGAUAUUAAAGAGCUGACCGAGAUAGUACCCAUGAUGAGGGGGAUAUUUGAAUUGAUCAACUUAAUGAAGAUCGACAUGGCUAAUUUUGAACUGCAAACCUUAAAACCAGUGCUUAUUCAGCAAGCUGUAAAGUAUGAACAAGAGAAAUUUGCAGAGUUCCUUGAACAAAAUCCGGAUGGAUUAACCUUAACUACUGCUUGGCUGAAAGGCGCUUUUGAGAAAAUUGAAGAAUUAAAAAAGUCACACCCGUCAAUAAACAUUACGUCACCUCUUGUCAUCACUCAUGCAUAUUUAUCACUUAUGGAACUAAAAGAUAAACUGGUGUAUCCAGAGACUCUACUGCUAGAUGAAGUUCGCUUAAAAAAAGCAGCCGCAACAUUUGAAAAUUUGACAUUCAUCACUUCGAUUUUAACGGUGAGCUUAAACUUUCUGGGAACUCAUUUGUCAAGCGAUACAUCUUUUGUUGCACACUUAAAAGACACCAUCAAAAUAUUGACUACCGAUGUGCAAAGAGAUGCUUCUUUGAUGGAGAGUAUCUACCUGCAAGUAAUGGUUGAAGGGGAAAAAGAAUGGGAAAAGAAAGGUUUGAAAGGAAGAAAUGAAGAUGAAAAACAUGUGUUAAAGAACCAGAUAGCAGAUCUCAUUUCAGAAAAAAAUCAGUUAAAGAGCCUUCUUAAAUCGCGCAUCAGAGACCACGUGUUGUUAUCAAUGACGUCACAAAAUGCGAACAGCCCGGUAUCCAAUGUACUUUCACCGGUACAAGCCGAACUGAAAGAUGUAACAAGAAAAUAUAUGCGUGUGGUACACCACAAUCGGAAUGUUUACAUUAGUUAUUAUACAAAUAUCGUAGAAAAGCUGUUAGAGGAUUCCAAUGGAAGUUGAUUAUUGCUUCUUGAUGCAGGUGUUAGCGUUAGAUGGUCCAGCUUUAUGUUUUAGCUCAAUUCCUAUGACAAAUGGCAGAAUCUUUAAUAUAAGACGCGAACUAAACCAGGAUUGCAACUCGACUGCAGUAAUAGUGAUAUGCAUUACUAUACUUCAUUCUAAGUUCUACUUCAUUUAAUUCGUUUGACAUUGUUCGGAAAUUGGAUACGCCGUCUUAUAUACCCAGGGCUUUUUUACUUAUUGUCGUAUUUAUUUCUAAAAUUUCACUUGGAACUUCCUACAACCUCCAAUUUCAUUGUUGUUGAUUUUACCUUAGGAAUGUAAUUACUUCCUUCAGGGUACAAUUUUUAUUUUUCCAUUGUUGGUCAAGCUUUAGCAGACGAUUUUCCUGAUAAUUCUUGAAAACACCAAAAUGAAUAUUUUUAACAUUAUUUAUUAACUUUUAAGAAUUUUUUUGAACGUGAAUAAUGUUGUUAUUUAUAUUAUUUGAGUUGUGGUAAAUAUUGCAUUUCGUUUGAUAGGUGGACACAGGUAAAAAAAAUUAUACACAUAACUGUAAAGUGUCCAUAUCACGUUCGUCUAUCAAACGAAGUACAAUAGGUGGUCUGUGUAUAUUCAAAAAAUGUUUAAAAAGUGGUAAAUGUUUGACAAUACCUUUUUUCAAAACUUUUGCGUUAUAUGUGCUUAGAUUUUAUACUUUUUUGUGUGGAGAAUAUAAUGAUAAACACGAUAGUGUAAAUAUAGAAUUAUUUAAAAUAUUUUAAAUUUAUUAUUGAUUUAAGCUAACUCUACCAUUUAAUACUACUAUAAUACUAGAAUUAUAA